AUGGUCUGCGCAUCUUCAACUAUUGUUCGCAUCAUCGAGGAUAUUCUUCCGCGUAUUGAAGAUACUCAAAACGACCGAGACAAAUUCACGAUCCGUCUCUUGGUACACCAAUCGCAUGCUGGCGCUCUCAUUGGUAGACAAGGAUUGAAGAUCAAGGAGUUGCGUGAUAGGACCAAUGCCAGAAUCAAAGUAUUCCAACAGUGCUGUCCUCAGUCCACCGAUCGUAUUGCCAUGAUCUCUGGUGAUGAACGCAAUGUGAUCGAUGCCGUGGAACAAAUUGUUGAGGAACUCAAACAGAUUCCAAUCAAGGGACCCGUGAACCCGUACACCUCCUUCAACUACGAUCCUGUUCUUGCUCCCGAUUACGGAGGUUUUUCACCUUCAUAUCCGGCUGGAGGACGUGGUGGACCGCCACUCAGCCCAUUCGGCUCUCGUGGCCGUCCUGGGAUGGGCGGGCCGAUGCCACUGCGUGGUGGUGGAGGUCUUGGAGGACCCGAUAUGCGUUUCGAUCGUGGACUAGGAAGAGAUUUUGAUGGUCCAUACGGUGGGCCAAUGGGUGGUCCUCCAUACGGUGGCGGCAUGUCUUACGGAGGUUAUCCAAGUCAAAACUCAAUUCAGACUACUCAGGUGACGAUACCAUCGGAUCUUGGAGGCACGAUCAUCGGACGUGGUGGCGAUCGAAUCAAUAGAAUUCGCGACGAGUCUGGAGCCCAGAUUACACUGGAGCCAUCGACAGGCCAAGAAGAGCGCGUGAUCACCAUUACUGGCACUCAGGCACAGAUCCACGCCGCUCAGUAUCUUCUGCAGCAGUGGUCAGUGACACAGGCUUUGACGUGCGCCAAUCGGCCGCAGGCCGGAAGUAUAUCGAGCAGCAGCAAGGUGGACACCAUAGUCACCAUCGUUGAGCUCUGA